GCGGGCAACCGAUUUAGGUCGUUCCACGGAUCGAAUCCAAUUAAUUCAACAUAUUUGUGAUCGUGUGGUUCACGACUACAGGUCAGCAAAAGAAGAGGGAAACACAUCAUAGGGAGAAAUUGUUAUUCGUUUUCACUGUGGCAAGAUGAAGAAGCCCGGGUUGCUUUUGCAAUUUCUUCUUAACGUGGUUGCUGUAUUGCUCUUGUUGCUGCUGGUAGGGGAUGUACCGAAGAGAACAGAAGCCGAAAAUUCAGCUGCCGCUUUUGUUCAAAACUCUAUCUACUCCAACAAGAUUGUGAUUUUCUCCAAAUCCUACUGCCCAUACUGCUUGCGUGCCAAGCGCAUAUUUGCUGAUUUGCAUGAGCAACCUUUUGUCGUGGAGCUUGAUCUUCGAGAUGACGGAGCUCAAAUUCAGUAUGUACUUCUAGAUCUGGUUGGUCGACGCACUGUUCCACAAGUAUUUGUGAAUGGAAAGCACGUUGGUGGCUCUGAUGAGCUUAAAGCUGCUGCCGAGAGUGGUCACUUGCAGAAACUACUUGGUUCCAGUUAAUGAGAUAUGAUGCGAAACAAAAAACAUCUGAUCUAAAGCUAUAUUUGAUAUCGGGAUUAACAAAUAAUUCCUGGAGUCUGAGAUACAUAAAACAUAUGGCGGGAUCUUUUUAUAGGUUAAUUUUGUUAGCCAAAAGAGUUAAUGUAGCACCCUUCGCACAUUGAAUACAUGAUGUUUGACAAAACAUGGAUUUGUUAUCUGGUAAGUUUGGAUGUGGAAAUCAUUUGCUGAAACAAUAAGAAAAUUUUGAUGCUUCUCAAGUAUGCUAGUUUCAGCUGUGUGGGCAGAGUGAAACUGUAUAGUGGGACUCUUAAAAAGUUCAUUAUUUCAUUUGAAUUGCCCAAGUAGAAUUACUAUUCUGACUUCUGAUUCAAUAUUGCAAUGAUACUUUUUAUCAUGUACAGAGGUCUUAGUAUGUCCUUGUUGUGCAAUCUCAGUUAAAAGGGAUUUGGAGCACUUAUCAUUUUUAGUCCGAGGUAAAAUAGAAUGUUUCACUUUAUUUCAAGGGAUAUCUGACCUCAAACUGGUGUUAGAAGAUCUCUUUCAUUGUUUGUUUUACCUGGAUUCUGCUAUUAGAACUAUUCAAGAGUACAUGUUCUCUGCACUUUAGUUCGUAAAAUCAGAUCACCCAUUGUGUUUUAAGCUCUGAUACAUUUGACCUUAAGGUAUGAAAUGACUGAUAGCUGCAAUUAUUUGGUUCUACAUGUGCAUUCUAGUGGGAGAAUUAAUAUGCAUUGACAGUUUUUUUUUUUUUCCUCACAUUACGAAGAAGCAGCCUGCAUGUAUGUCUGAGGCCGCCAUUGGCCUUUCUGAGCACUGAGUACCCCAUCCUGGUCUUUGUGGUUGGUGAAAGUAAUUUCCCAAUGAAGGGAUUUCAGCAAGUUCUCAACUUCAGCAAUUACCUUUGUUGUAUCACGGACGAUCAAUUUACCUCCAGGUCUGACUAUUCUAUCCACCUCUGCCAUCACGGGAAGAAUACUGCACCUGUUAAAAACCAACAAAAACAGUCAUCAAGUUUCUUAGGAAGGAGAAAGAAAUCAAACUCAAAAGACUAGAAGAUAAGAGGCGGGUACGAUCUGAGCAAAGCUGAAAAUGAGUAUGAGCAGUGCUACCAAGGGAGUGAACAGUAUUAUUGAAAACACAAAUAAGUUGAACUAUAGAGCUAAAGCUCCUACUCAGUUUGAUUUGUUUGAGUUGAAUAAUAAAGUUGAAUUAAAUCGAUUUAGAUUGAAUCCA